AUGGCAAUGGCCAUACAUCAGUUUGAUAGAAGUAGAGAGUAUAUAUUUGGGGAAGAAGAGAAAGAUAUGAAAUUGCUUCUUAAACCAUUAUGGGUUGGUCUGGCCUGGCUGCUGGCUUGGCGUGGUGAUACUACUAGUGCCGAGAGUACAGCAAUUGUCAGGCGGCAAGAUACAUGCAUUCUAAAAAGCAAUGGCUGGAAGUUUUUUGAUGCGGCCCUUAGAUAUGAUGCCAAUCCAGGAUGCCGGGAGUUUGAUUCUGAAGACAGCACAAUAGUUGAUAUUAUAGAUGUGCCUAGAAGAUAUAUAAGAUAUUGGGAUGAUUUACUACUACCAGGGCUACUAAGCAGUUCGGAUACAAAACGAAUUAUUGCAAUGCUAGAUAAUUGCCGUUCAAUUAGCGCCCAUGGUGGUCAGCAAUGUCCUUUUGAUCUUGAGAAAGAUUCUCUAGCAUAUGCAUUGCACGCAGCUGUAAAGACGCUUGAUAAGUAUCGAGCCAUGGCCCGUGAGUGUGCUGAAUUACUUGGAAAUAUAACUGAGAGUGCCACGGGAAUCGAACUUGUUUCUUUGUUUAGACCAUUGGAUAUAACGGAGUCUACUAACAAGUUUGUAUUAAUUAGAAAGAGUCUGUUUAUGAAUUAUGCGGAACGUUUGUUUGCCUGGAGUCCGUUCGAGCUGUUAGACUUUACUAGGGAUAAUAUUCAAAAUGCGGUGGAAGCUUGGUGGCUAUUGAUUAGAUCUCCAUCUACAUCCAACCAAAACCUUUGUGCCCAACGCCAAUUUAGACACUUCCUGUACGACGUACUAAGAAUGCAAUUGAUGGCCUCUAGCUUUUUAAACAUCCCCAAUGCACGUCAGAAUGGUUAUGUUAGCGGCAAGAUCAAGAGUGAAUACAAAAGCAAAAUAGAUGCCAUUUUGAAUCUAAACGUUGUUAGCAUUAUAAAAAGUAUGUCCGCCGAUGAGGCAGUUAGGAAGAUAUACAGAGAUCUAUCGCCUAUUACUGAGUUAGAAGAAUGGUAUGGCGAAUGCUUUAGCCCAAAUGGCCAUAGAAUGCGAUUGGAUGUGUUCGAUGACUUGCUAAUGCGUAGACCUCAGGAUAUCAUUCCGAUUAAAAGGAUUAAGCAGCUGUCCCAGGAUGCAAUGAUAGUGUCUGAUCAUUUUGCAUAUACAUUGGGGAAAGUCAAACGGUUGCAAGCUGUGCUUAAGCCAUAUUUAGCAAAGAACACGACGUCCGGCAGUAUUCAUGAGUGGGUAGAAUAUAUAGCCACUAAGCCACCAUCUGCCCCUUCAUCCGGGUCUUGGGGGUUGUCCAAUUCUCCUGCCAUCCACCUGGCUCUAGGCGGUUUGUUUUGUGCCCGUCUCGCUCAUUUACAUGGAGCGGCUUCUUAA